UUGAAGAUGGUCCGCGCGGAGCUGGCGGCUCGUCUGAACGACAGAGAGUACACAAACUGGCUGAAAGCGGGACGCUGUCUGCUCAUACUGAAGGAUGGCCUCCUCCCGUUUACCGACCGACACAUGAGGGCUUUCCACGGAGAUCUGCUUAAUCAAAGCGCUGUGCUCCGGAGCCCGUGCAGGGAUUCAUGUAAACCUAGAGGGAAUAAGCUGUCGGGAUGCAAGGUGUGUUCAGAGUGGCAGAAGGCGAUCCUGAGACACCACAGGCAGCCUGAUGUUACAGUCAACUGGGACAACUGUUUCCCUCCAUACUGGAGGACAGACCACUGGGAGGUGGCAAAGCUCGUCAGAGAUUACACAUCACUGUCAAAGUCUGCAGUCAGGAGCCACCAGAGCAAAGAGAAGAUGGCCUUCAUGCCACGAGGUCAGGCGAAGGUGAAGGGUGCGGAUAAAUGCGACGCCCCUGCUCUGCUUAACCUGAUCAACUACUGCACGUAUUUCUCAUUCGUGGAUCCAAAACUGGUCAGAGAGGUGAUCCGAUGCAGGAACGAGCUGAUGCAUUCUUCUGAGUACCGUGUGACAGAUGAUUGGAUGCAACACUACUGGACCGCUCUGAACCACUUUGUGAAUCAGUUCAGACACGUACCUGAGAUGGCAACAGUUGGAAACAAAAUAGACGAGAUGCUGACCCUCAAUUUGUCAAUAUAUGUGUCUGGUUUGGAUCAAAUGGAUUCUGGUGGCUUGGGCGAUGGAUUAGAGGCUGAUUUUGUCAGCCAUAAGGAGUCUGGUGCUGACGUCGGCCAAUGGGAAGCUGAGUUGCUAGAAGAGAUGCUGCAGGAGCUGCUGCAUGCUGCUGAUGAGGAUACUGAUAGCCAGACACAGGACACAGAGCGGCUGAAGAGUCUGGGAGGGUUCCUGCAAACCAACAAAGAUCUUAAUGAGAGGUUCUCUGCAGAGCUGCAAACCAUCAACUCUCUAAUGGCCAAAGAAAAAGGAAGAGGAGGAAGUGAAUGAGGAGCACUUUGUGUUCUGUGUCCGUGUAUAUACUUAAAAUAGCUUAACUUCAGAACUUAAUCUGAAGGAUGAGGGCUUUAUAUCUAAGCACAGUGGGGCUUUAUUUUUUAAAAAUUGUAUAUUAUAAUAUUUGAAAAAAGUC